AUGUUCGCCAAAGUCUUCACUGCUCUCGUCGCUGCUUCAGCCGUUCUUGCUGCUCCCGUCGAAUCUCAACUCGAGAAGAGAAUCACCCACGAUGGACAAGCCACUUACUUCGAAGUCGGUCUUGGUGCCUGUGGAUGGUGGAACGUUAACGAGGACUACAUUGUCGCUCUUAACUCUGCUCAAUACCAAAAAAACGGCGGAUCCAACUGUGGACAAGGAAUUACCCUUACCAACUCUGCCAACGGCAAGAAGAUCGUUGUCACCGUCGCCGACGAGUGCCCAACCUGUGACGAUGGAUCUCUCGAUCUUUCCCCCUCCGCCUUCUCCGCCCUUACCGACGGUAACAUGGACCAAGGUGUCUUCCCUAUCUCCUGGCACUUCAACAGGAAGCAAUAA